GCCCCCCGCAGCCCCCCGACCGCCGGAACCCGCAGCCGGAGCCAGUCAGCCCGGCCGCUGAGGUUCCUGCCUGAAGACCAGCUGGGUACUUUCUUUGACCCUCCCCAUCACCAUGCACUCCUUGGACGAGCCGCUUGACCUAAAGCUGAGCAUCACCAAGCUCCGGGCGGCGAGAGAGAAGCGGGAGAGGACACUGGGUGUGGCCCGGCAUCAUGCUUUGCAAAGGGAGCUGGGCCUGGUGGAUGAUAGCCCCACACCUGGCUCCCCAGGCUCCCCCCCACCAGGCUUCCUGCUGAACCCCAAGUUCCCCGAGAAGGUGGAUGGACGCUUUUCCACAGCCCCCCUGGUAGACCUCAGCUUGUCACCACCAUCUGGACUGGACUCUCCAAAUGGCAGCAGCCCCUUGUCCCCUGAGCGCCAGGGCAAUGGGGACCUGGCUCCACUGCCUGCCGCUGUGGACUUUCAGCCGCUUCGCUAUUUGGAUGGUGUUCCCAGCUCCUUCCAGUUCUUCUUGCCCCUGGGCUCUGGGGGAGCUCUGCACCUACCUGCUUCCUCCUUCCUCACACCCACCAAGGACAAGUGCCUCUCCCCGGAGCUGCCCCUGGCCAAGCAGCUUGUGUGUCGAUGGGCCAAGUGUAACCAGCUCUUUGAGCUCCUCCAAGACCUGGUUGACCAUGUCAAUGACCACCAUGUCAAGCCGGAACAGGAUGCUCGGUACUGCUGCCAUUGGGAGGGCUGUGCCCGCCACGGCCGUGGCUUCAAUGCCAGCAGGUACAAGAUGCUCAUCCACAUCCGGACACACACCAAUGAGAAGCCACACCGCUGCCCCACCUGCAACAAGAGUUUCUCCCGCCUGGAGAACCUGAAGAUCCACAACCGCUCCCACACAGGUGAGAAGCCCUACGUCUGCCCCUACGAGGGCUGCAACAAGCGUUACUCCAACUCGAGUGACCGAUUCAAGCACACCCGUACCCACUACGUAGACAAGCCCUACUACUGCAAGAUGCCUGGCUGCCACAAGCGCUACACGGACCCCAGCUCACUGCGCAAGCACAUCAAAGCCCAUGGCCACUUUGUGUCUCAUGAGCAGCAGGAGCUCCUGCAGCUGCGCCCACCCCCAAAACCACCACUGCCCACUCCUGACAGUGGCUCCUAUGUCAGUGGGGCUCAAAUCAUCAUCCCCAAUCCUGCUGCCCUUUUUGGAGGCCCCAGUCUGCCUGGCCUGCCGUUACCCCUGGCCCCUGGCCCCCUUGACCUCAGUGCUCUGGCCUGUGGCAACGGUGGAGGUGGGAGUGGGGGCAUGGGUCCUGGGCUGCCAGGCUCUGUUCUGCCCCUCAAUCUGGCCAAGAACCCACUGUUGCCCUCACCCUUUGGGGCUGGUGGACUAGGCCUGCCUGUGGUCUCUCUCCUGGGUGGUUCUGCUGGUAGCAAGGCUGAAGGGGAGAAAGGUCGUGGGUCAGUGCCUGCCAGGGUCCUGGGCCUGGAGGACCACAAGACUCCCCUAGAGAGGACGGAGCACAGCCGCUCCCGGCCAAGCCCUGACGGACUCCCCUUGCUACCGGGCACUGUACUGGACCUGUCUACGGGCAACUCGACAGCCAGCAGUCCAGAGGCACUAACUCCUGGCUGGGUGGUCAUCCCACCAGGGUCUGUGCUGCUCAAACCAGCUGUGGUAAACUGAACCUGGACUACCCACCUACCAGCUGUGACAGCCCAGCUACCUAAUGUGGGCUCAACCCCUGACGAACAGAAACUCUUCUGCGAAAUAGCAAUAAUAUCCUACUGCUCCAGGGGCCCAAGUGUCUGCUUCCUGGGAAGACAAGCUGGGUAGCAAGGAUGGUGCUAGGUCUUCCGUGGCUUCCUGGCUCCAGAGUGAGGACUUGGCUUGGACCUGCUGUCAAAGGAGGCCAUGCUCUUGGGUGCUAAGGCCUCACUGACUACCACUUCCCUAGCCACAGUUCGGGUGAGGCCUUCCUCUGCCUGUCCUCCAAGGACCCUCCAUCCUGCCUCUUGUGGUGCACUCCUCUCCAUGAGCAGUCGGGGCAGGCUGCCACUCCUCCUACCUUACCUACUUGUCAGCUGGGGCCCCCAGUGAUCAGAAGCCCAUGCUUGGGAAUCCUUAGACCCCUUUCCCUCUGGCCUGCCUCCUGCAGGGAAAGCAAGACAGAUAGAGGCCCCGGCCAAGCACAGGAAAGAGCUGCCUUUCCUUGCCUACUGUUAUGACAAGGUGCUUCGCUGCUGGCUCAGCAGAGAAGCCUGCCGUCAGUGAUGCCCUCCUGCCCGACUCAGCACUGAGCGGGUUGGCAGCACUUCCUAGAUGAGGGUAGUGAGCACUCACUGUUUCCUUAGGGUGUACAAGCAGGUUCAAAGCAAUGUUGUCCUGGUCUGGUCCAGCUUGGCUUGGUCUGGCAGUGUUAUCCUGAAGAAGCCUCAAAGUCUACACCAGGUGUACUACCAGGCUUGGGGAGGAGCUAUAGGUUUGGAAUGCAGAGAAGCACUGACUCAUUAGAAAGGAGCUUUCUAGAAACCACAAACUGAAGCCCCUAGGUGUGAGGGAGGCUAGGCAGCCAUGCACAGCAUUUGGAGGACCAACCAUCUGCUUGGGAAAAGCUGGCUGGAGAAUGGACAAGGUUGUUUGCUCUGACUUUCCAGUUGAGCCCUUUUCUUGGUGGUGCCUCUCUUUUGCCCGCAAGUUCUACCAAGCCAGCUCCUCCGGGGCUUAUACUAAAAAUAAGGUCUAGCACUUAUGUAGCGCUAGAGUAAGUCAAGGACAUUGGAGGACUGUGCUCCACAGCUCCCAAAGGCUAGAUGCACCAACUUGGCCUCUUGCUAUCUCCUGUGCUCUGCUGCAGGGUGGCUAAGCCCCUCAUCUCACCAUCUGUUGAACAAAGGAGCUGCUGGGAUGAUGGAGGGCUUCUUAGUAGCUCUGUGGUUCUUCUGAUCAGCUCUGCCUAUUCUUUUUCCCAGACUGCCCUUCUGUUUCAGAAGGGUCACCCUGACCUGAUCUGACCUGCCCAACUGCUGGGCUUAGGACCCCAGCCCUGAUAGGGCUCGGCUGUGCUGGCUCUACCCCUUGAAGGGGCUGUGAGCAAGUUAAGGAGCUGGUCUCCUGUCUUCGGGUCUACCCACGAUCCAGGCAACCUCCUGGCUCCAUUAGGGCCCUAGGCCUUAAGUCCCUGGCCAGGGGAUUGGGUUUGAGACUCAAGCCCAAGAGCAGAGGAACAGGGCACUGGAAGGUGACAUUAGCUCAGCAUGUGAUUCAGUGAUAGACCAGGCUUGCAAGGGCCGGUAUACUUGUCAGUUUGUUGUUGCACAUUCCAGGACAUCAGUAUUUUAACAGGUUCUAAGUGCCUUUCUAUUGUAGCUUAUGUUUUUCCUCCUUUUGGCUCCAUUGCUGUUAGCAUAGAGUUUAAAAAAAAAAAAAGAUAAGCUAAUGACUAUAACAAUAUAUUCCUCCAUGUGAGAGGAAGUUUAUAAAGAAACAAUAAAAGUGAGUUGCAAA